AUGGUGACGCGGAGGCUCGACAGCUUCCCCGGCCUCUCCCUGCGGCUAUGGGCACUGCAGCAGCGACCGGCGACGACGACGACGACGACGACCCCGCAGGAGCUGCAGGCUUUCCGCGAAUACGGGGAGAGCUGGUACCGCUCCCGCAAGGGGCUGGAGAGCCGCUUCCAGCCGCGGGAGCCGCUCGCCCGGCAGCCGCAGGUGACAGCAGAGGCGCGCUGCGAGCUGGUCAGCUGGCUCAUCGCGGUGCACCGGUACUUCAGCGUCUCCUUCGAGGCGCUCUGCCUGGCUGUCAACAUGCUCGACCGCUUCCUCGGCACCACCCCGGUGGCGGCCGACUGCUUCCAGCUCCUGGGGGUGACGGCGCUGUUCAUCGCCUGCAAGCAGGUGGAGGUGCACCCCCCCAGCAUGAAGGAGCUCCUCGACCUCUGCUGCGGCGUCUUCUCCUGCCAGCAGCUCCGCAACCUGGAGUGCCUCAUCCUGCGCCGCCUGGGCUUCGAGCUGGCGGCGCCCACCGUGAACUUCUUCCUGGAGCACUUCAGCCAGGUGCGGCUGGAGGCGCGGGGGGCCGACGCGGGAGAGGCGGCGGACGCCCGGAGCCUGGCGGUGGGCAUAGCGGAGCUCAGCCUGGCCGACUACACUUUCACCAAAUACGCCCCUUCCCUGCUGGCCGCCAGCAGCCUGGGGCUGGCGGACCAGCUGCUGCGCCACCGCAGUCCCCUGGACCUGCGGAUCAGCGGCUACCCGGAGCGGGUCCUGCAGGACUGCGUGGACCAGCUGCAGCUCCUGGUCUCGCUGAACAGGCAGUUCCUGCCGCUGCUCCUGCCCCCGGAGGUGGUCCAGGAGUGCCACCGCCUGCGGGCUGGUAGCGGCGAUGCCGCCGCCCGUCACUCGCACCUCUAGCCGUCCCGGGCGUAGUGGCCUCGGCCGCGGUCUGGGCUGGGCUGGCUGCGGGCUGGGUCAUCGUUCGUGCUCCGCAGAGCUGGCGUUGAGCCUCGUCAGCUCGGCGUUAGUGUCACUGGAGUUGGGAAAUUAGAUCACAUUUUGCGCCUGAUGUUACUGGACGGCAGUUGCACUCUCCCUGUGCCGCUCUGUAAAAUCCAGCAUGUAAAUAAUAUACGGGGUCUCGAGUACUUCAUUAUUUAUUUGGAGUG